AGUCACUCGCAAAGGAUGCUUCAUUUUGUGUUGCUUGCGGCAGUAAUUCUACUUUUUAUUUUCUGGGCAAGCAGGAAGCCCAGGAACUUUCCUCCUGGCCCGCCCAGAUGGCCAGUCAUCGGGAAUUAUCUCGAGAUUUUUGUUCUGUCCAGCGACAAAGGGAAGCAAGAGGUCUUUGCAACGCUCUCGAGAAUCUAUGGCGGCAUCAUGGGAAUCCACUUGGGCAGCCAACCGACGAUUGUGGUUAGCGAUUUUAAAAUGGCAAGGGAACUCAGCUCUAUGGGUGAAUUGUGUGGAAGACCAAGAAGGCGCAUUCAUAACAAAGACGAGAAAAAGUUUGGCUUAAUUUUCAAUGACGGCGAUGACUGGCGCGAGCAGCGGCGAUUCACGCUGCGUCACAUGCGCGAGCUGGGCUUCGGCAAAAUGAGCCUGGAAGGAGUGAUCCACGCCGAGGUGGAAGACCUCCUUCGGCAGGUGGCGACCAAGGCCGGCGCCGACUUUUCGCACGGCGUCGAGCUAAGCGACAUCCUCGGCGUGGCAAGCGUCAACGUGCUGUGGUUCGUGAUCGCCCGCGAGAGGUACUCGCACGAUGACCCCAGGGUCAACCUGCUGGCCGGGCUGAUCAGGAAGCUGGCCAACAACCUUGAUGCCGCCGGCACCGCGCACAGCACCUUCCCCUGGCUCAUGUCGCUGCUGCCCGGCUCGGCGUCCAAACUGCGAGACGCCAUCGACGUCAGGAAGAGGUUGGAAAAGUUCAUCCAGGAGAGGAUACACGAUCACAUUUUAACAUUAGACAAGGAGAAUCCCAGAGACUUCAUCGAUAUUUACUUGUUAAAACUACGAGAGCAGAGCGAAGAGGAUAAAAUCCAUGACUCAUUUUCGAGUGCUCAGCUGAUUGCUGUAAUCGGCGACAUGUUUAUGGCCGGCCUUGACACAACCUUUAACUCAAUGGCGUUCGCUCUCCUCUACAUGGUGUGCUACCCUGAAGUGCAACAAAGGGUUUAUGAGGAAAUCAUUCACACGGUCGGCAGGAGCAGAUUACCGAGUCUUGAAGAUAGGAAAAGUUUGCCGUAUGUUGAAGCAACAAUUGAAGAAAUCUUCAGGAUGAGCUCUGUCCUGCCACUUGCGGUGCCGCACGCUGUUUUGCACGCGGAAAAAGAUGUGAAUUUCCAUGGCUAUAAUAUUCCAAAGGCGUCUCGAAUUCUGAUCAACUUGGCGCACAUCCACGGCGACGACAAACUUUGGGGUGACUCGAGGAACUUUCGUCCCGAGCGCUUUCUCACGGAAGACAACAAAGUGAAGCGGCCGGAAUUCCUAAUGCCCUUCGGCGUCGGGAAGCGGCAGUGUCCGGGCGAGACCCUGGCCCGCAGCAACAUGUUUCUCUUUUUCACUUCAAUUAUUCAGCGCUUCGAGUUGUCGGUGCCCAAGGGAAGCAAUCCGCCCGACAGCCAAGACUUCCACGGAGCUCUCACGCUCAGCCCCAAACCGUACAAGGCCAAAUUCACACCGCGGAUCUCGUACUCACUUGAGAUAAGAUAUUAUGGGUUCAAAUUAGUUAUCAGCCUGGCCCCCACAAUCAUUGCCAGUCAGUUUAAACCGGUGACCAUGGCCGGAUUUGUGCCAGUGAUUCUCUUUUUAGCGUCGAUUUUCCUUUUGCUGCGGUGGCUCAGUUCGAAGCCGGAUAAAUUUCCACCAGGACCACCGCGAUGGCCAAUCGUCGGGAACCUGCUAGAGGUUAUGAGAGGAGCGAAAGGCGGGGUCAUUCACGAACUUUUUACCGGCCUCUCAAAUAAGUACGGUCCUGUUAUGGGCAUGUACAUGGGAGCACAACCAACGAUAAUUAUCUCCGAUUACAAGGCAAUCAGAUCAAUUGGCAUGAGAGAAGACCUUUGCGGCCGCACUGUUAAUAAAAUUGGUCAAAUAAUGCAAAAAGGGAGGAAAUAUGGACUAAUUUUUAACCACGGCGAGGAAUGGAAGGAGCAGCGACGGUUCACAUUGCGUCACCUCAAGGAUUUGGGAUUCGGCAAGAAGAGCAUGGAGUGCAUAAUUCACGAAGAAGCAGAAUGCUUGGUUACCGAGGUGGCCAAAAAGGCGGGAUCAAAUUUUUCGCAGCCGGUCGAGCUGUACAACAUUUUGGGCACGGCCAGCAUCAACGUUUUGUGGUACAUCACGGCCGGGCAGAGGUACGCGCACGACGACAUCCGCCUCCAGCAGCUCAUCAGCAUCGUCAAAGACAUCUCGAGCCAGUUCAACGCGGCCGGUGGACUGGCCGUCUGCUUCCCAAUCGUCAUCGACGUCGCGCCUUGGCUCACGGAACUCGAGAAGUUCAAGGACGUGCGACAGAGAGUCAGGGAUUUUAUCAUGGAUGACGCAAACAAGCACAAAGAAAGUCUCGAUCCAGACAAUCCCAGGGACUUCUUGGACAUGUAUUUAAUAGAGAUUGAGAAAAAUAAAGCAAACAAGGAUACCUCAUUUCAUGAGGAGCAGCUUGUUUUCGUGAUGGGUGACCUAUUCCUCGCGGGAGUUGACACGACUUUCAACGCAAUGGCGUUUAUUUUAGUCUACAUGGUGUGCAAUCCAGAGGUGCAGAGGAGAGUGCAAGAGGAAAUUGACGCUGUGGUUGGAAGCGACCGACUUCCGAGCCUCAACGAUCGGCCAAAAAUGCCCUACGUAGAAGCUACAAUUCAAGAGUCGUUGAGAAUGAGUACAGUCGCACCGCUGGCUGUACCACACGCUCCACUCUACGCAAAGCAGGACGUUCCGUUCGGCAACUACAUUUUCCCCAAGGACUCGCGAAUAUUGUUAAAUCUUGCACACGUGCAUAUGGAUCCGAAAAUCUGGGGUGAUCCAGAAAAUUUCAGGCCGGAACGCUUCAUCUCCGAAGACAACAAACUGCUCAAACCCGAUUAUUUAUUGCCAUUUGGAUCUGGCAAAAGGCAGUGCUUGGGAGAAACGCUAGCCAAAAACAAUUUAUUCCUGCUGUUCUCCGCGCUGAUGCAGCGUUACAAGCUAGAAGUGCCAGAAGGGUGUGCUCCCCCCAACAGCAAAGAGGUGGUUGGUGCUUUCACGCUCGGACCAAAACCAUACAAAGCCAAAGUGACGCCACGUUUCAUCGUUUGACGUCAAUGCGUUUCACGGAAAUUACAAAUGAAUGGUUAUGUGAUCAUAUUGCCAUUUGAGCUUGUUGGUUAAAAUUCAUUUCAUUUGCUUUUGCUUUUCAUUAGAAUAUAUUCUUAUAUGCUUUCCGUAAGCAUCAAAUAGUGGAAUUAUAUUCAACACGAAAACAACCUCCGAAGGUCGAAUUUUUCAAAUAUUGGAAUUUUAAUGUUGAGGAAGAUCACAAGAAAGCCAAGGACGACCAAAAAACUAUCUUUGAAAUGCAGUGUGCCGUUAGAAUAACUUACUCCAAUGACUCAGUUUAAUGCAAUGAGACGAGCGUGUCUUCCUUUUGUAGUGUGAAAAUGUCCUUGCGGGACGUCCUUGCCUAAUUACUUGAAAAAAUUGCACACUCCAACACACAGAGUGUAUAUUAUUUCUCCUCUAGAUUAGAAAUAGGCGGGUGUAACUAAAACAAAAUAUUUCUGACGGUCAUUUGUCCAAAUGAGAUUAAUUUUAUUUGAAAGAGAACGGUUUAUUUUUUCACAGUGCUUGCCAGUUAUGACUUAAUGCUGCAAUUUUUUAUAGACAAUUUAAAAAGUAGAUGCUGUAGUUUAAUCCAAAUCCCACACUGGCAAUGCAGUAGUUGUCUCCUCCACUGGUGUUAGUAUCUCUG